AUGCUGAACCUUGAAGGGAGAAACAAUCUUUCCAUCUCCAAUCAUGUAGGGAUGUCCAGAUCAAAGAACAAGUCGACAACUUUUGCCUCCAACCAACGUCGCAGAUACACAGUGAUACACGCAUUGAUGAUGGUGGUGACUUCGACCUGUAAAGACGAUGGCAACAUGGUGAUGGAUAAUGGCAAGUACGUGCGGUAUACUCCUGAGCAGGUUGAGGCUUUGGAAAGGGUGUACCAUGAGUGUCCUAAGCCGAGUUCAUUGCGCCGGCAGCAGUUGAUCCGGGAGUGCCCUAUCCUUUCGAACAUCGAGCCGAAGCAGAUCAAAGUUUGGUUUCAGAAUCGAAGAUGCCGGGAAAAGCAGCGAAAAGAGUCAUCACGGCUUCAAGCUGUGAAUAGGAAGUUGACUGCAAUGAAUAAACUGUUGAUGGAGGAGAAUGAUAGGUUGCAGAAGCAAGUUUCACACUUAGUAUACGAGAAUAGCUAUUUCCGCCAACACACACAAAAUGCAACAACCCUUGCCACUAGGGAUAAUAGUUGUGAAUCGGUGGUCACUAGUGGUCAACAACACUUAACUUCUCAGCAUCCCCCAAGGGAUGCAAGUCCUGCAGGACUUUUGUCCAUUGCAGAAGAAACCUUAACAGAGUUUCUAUCAAAGGCCACUGGAACUGCUGUGGAGUGGGUCCAAAUGCCUGGGAUGAAGCCUGGUCCGGAUUCCGUCGGAAUCAUUACCAUUUCUCAUUGUUGCACUGGUGUAGCAUCACGUGCGUGCGGCCUUGUGGCUCUAGAACCUACAAGGGUUGCUGAAAUUCUAAAAGACAGGCUCUCAUGGUAUCGUGAUUGCCGAGCUUUUGAUGUCCUCAAUGUAUUGUCUACUGGAAAUGGUGGAACCAUUGAAUUGCUAUACAUGCAGCUCUAUGCUCCUACUACUUUGGCACCAGCUUGUGACUUUUGGUUACUUCGCUAUACGUCUGUUUUGGAAGAUGGUAGCCUCGUGAUAUGUGAACAGUCGCUUAACAACACUCGGAAUGGUCCUAGCAUGCCACCGGUGAAGGAUUUUGUGAGAGCGAAAGUGCUGCCAAGUGGAUACCUAAUAAGACCAUGUGAAGGGGGUGGAUCCAUUAUUCAUAUAGUUGACCAUAUUGAUUUAGAGCCUGGGAGUGUACCUGAAGUGUUGCGUCCACUCUAUGAGUCAUCAACAUUGCUUGCUCAGAGGACAACGUUAGCGGCUUUGUACCAGUUGAGGCAGAUUUCCCAGGAAGUUUCUCAACCGAAUGUCACCAGCUGGGGCAGAAGACCGGCCGCUUUGCGAGCUCUUGGUCAAAGAUUGAGCCGAGGUUUUAAUGAAGGUGUAAAUGGGUUCAUGGACGAAGCUUGGUCUAUGAUUGAAAGUGAUGGCAUCGAUGAUGUUGCUGUUCUUGUGAACUCGUCCCCAGGAAAAUUGAUGGGCCUUGAUCUUACUUAUGCUAAUGGAUUUCCAUCCAUGAUCACUUCGGUUCUCUGUGCUAAGGCUUCCAUGAUUUUACAAAAUGUUCCUCCUGCUAUACUUUUACGGUUUCUGAGGGAACACCGAUCAGAGUGGGCUGACAAUGGAAUCGAUGCCUAUUUAUCUGCUGCUUUUACAGCUGGUCCUUGUAGUUUACCUGUGGCUCGAGCUGGAUAUUUUGGUGGGCAGGUUAUUCUUCCAUUGGCUCACACUAUUGAGCACGAGGAGUUCAUGGAAGUGGUUCGGCUGGAAAAUGUUAGUCAUUUUCGAGAAGACACGAUUAUGCCCAGAGACAUCUUCUUUUUGCAACUCUGCAGUGGAGUGGACGAAAAAGCUGUUGGCAGCUGCGCAGAAUUAAUAUUUGCGCCAAUAGAUGCCUCAUUCUCUGAUGAUGCACUCCUCCUUCCGUCUGGUUUUCGCAUAAUUCCUCUUGAUUCUAAAGCAGAUACUUCUAGUCCGAAUCGUACGCUGGACUUGGCAUCGACUCUUGAAGUUGGACUGGUAGGAAACAAAGCGUCUGGUGAUUGUUCUAGGCACUUAGGCAGUGGAAAAUCAAUCAUGACAAUAGCAUUUCAAUUUGCAUUUGAGAUUCAUCUUCAACAAAAUAUAGCAGCUAUGGCUAGACAAUAUGUUCGCAGUAUCAUUUCAUCGGUUCAGAGGGUGGCAUUAGCACUCUCCCCAUCUAAUCUUGGCCCUCAGGUUGGUUUGCAGCCACCUCCUGGUACAACAGAAGCGCAGACACUUGCGCUUUGGAUUUGUCAAAGCUAUAGAUUUUUCUUCGGUGUGGAGCUACUCAAACCCGGCAGCGAAGGAAGUGAAUCGAUUGUGAAAGCUCUUUGGCAUCAUUCUGAUGCUGUGAUGUGCUGCUCAUUGAAGGCAUUACCAGCUUUCACAUUUACAAAUCAGGCAGGACUUGAUAUGCUCGAGACUACUUUAGUGGCACUUCAAGACAUUACACUGGAGAAGAUUUUCAAUGACAACGGUAGAAAGGCACUCUUCGUCGAGCUUCCACAGAUUAUGCAGCAGGGUUUCGCCUGCCUUCAAGGUGGCAUCGCAUUGUCAAGUAUGAGUCGACCAAUCUCCUACGAGAGAGCAGUUGCGUGGAAAGUGUUGGACGAAGAUGAAAAGGCUCACUGCCUAUGCUUCAUGUUCUUCAAUUGGUCUUUCGUCUGA